CUUCGCCUUCCGUCGCAGUACUUUGAAACAGCCACGGAAAAGAAGCUAGAGAGCAAAUCUUUCUCAGCAAAAGUUUCGAUUAUAUUUUUCAAAGACCUGUUUAAGUGGGACUCCAUCAAGCGAAGCGAUCCGGGUGCACUUUAUCGAUUAAUAACGACCUUUUUUAAUUUUUUGUCAAACAACUUUGCCUUGAAUAUCUGCAAUAAUGCGUGAAUGUAUCUCUGUCCACGUUGGCCAAGCCGGAUGUCAGAUCGGCAAUGCCUGCUGGGAGCUGUACUGUCUUGAGCACGGCAUCCAGCCCGAUGGAUAUCUUCCAAAUGGGAAUAACUCCUCCUCCACCUCAAAGUCGACCGAUGAGGCCUUCAAUACCUUCUUCAGCGAGACGGGAUCAGGAAAGCAUGUUCCUCGUGCCAUCUUCGUCGAUCUCGAGCCGACCGUCAUCGAUGAGGUUCGUACCGGUACCUACCGUCAGCUCUUCCACCCCGAGCAGCUGAUCACCGGCAAGGAGGAUGCUGCCAACAACUACGCCCGUGGUCACUACACUGUCGGCAAGGAGAUCGUCGACCAGGUCUUGGAUAAGAUCAGGAAAUUGGCUGACCAAUGUACAGGUCUUCAGGGAUUCCUUAUCUUCCACAGCUUCGGUGGUGGCACCGGCUCAGGAUUCUCCUCUCUUCUUAUGGAGCGUCUCUCCGUCGAUUACGGAAAGAAAUCCAAGUUGGAAUUCGCCAUUUACCCCGCGCCCCAGGUAUCUACUGCCGUGGUGGAGCCCUAUAAUUCUGUUCUCACCACCCACACCACCCUUGAGCACUCUGAUUGUGCCUUCAUGGUCGACAACGAGGCCAUCUACGAUAUCUGCCGUCGAAACCUCGACAUUGAGCGUCCCACCUACACUAACCUGAAUCGUCUGAUCGGCCAGAUUGUUUCAUCCAUAACCGCAUCGCUUCGAUUUGACGGCGCCCUCAACGUUGACCUAACAGAGUUCCAGACCAACUUGGUUCCCUACCCAAGGAUUCAUUUCCCACUGGCUACGUAUGCCCCUGUAAUCUCUGCUGAGAAGGCCUACCACGAGCAACUGAGCGUUGCCGAGAUCACUAACUCUCUGUUCGAACCCGUCAACCAGAUGGUGAAAUGUGACCCGCGUCAUGGCAAGUACAUGGCCUGCUGUCUCCUGUACCGUGGUGAUGUCGUCCCCAAGGAUGUCAAUGCUGCCAUCGCUACCAUUAAGACCAAACGUACUAUCCAGUUCGUCGAUUGGUGCCCCACUGGCUUCAAGGUCGGUAUCAACUACCAACCACCUACAGUCGUACCCGGUGGCGACUUGGCAAAGGUCCAACGUGCUGUCUGCAUGUUGAGCAACACCACAGCCAUUGCUGAAGCCUGGGCCCGUCUCGACCACAAGUUCGAUCUGAUGUACGCCAAGCGUGCCUUCGUCCAUUGGUACGUCGGAGAGGGUAUGGAGGAAGGGGAGUUCUCUGAGGCUCGUGAGGAUUUGGCUGCUCUCGAGAAGGACUACGAAGAAGUUGGUGUUGACUCUGCCGACGAUGACGCAGCCGACGAAGAUGAACAAGACGAGUACUAA